GCUCCUUUAUCACGGAUGGACCCUGCUUUCCUGUGCUGUCACCAUGCACAAUCGAUCAGCUCUAGUGUCUCCGAGACGAAGAAGAGAGGGUUGGAGUGUGCGUCAUGACGCAUAACCUUUCGGGCUCGGACUGUUGGAGGACUUGGCACAGGCGGCUGUUUAGCUCUUAAUAUUAACUUUUGUCUGUUAGCUAAGUACUUGGAAGGGCACAAGUAAACAGACCCAAGAGCAGCAUCAUUUUCAGGUACGAAAGAUGUCUAAUGAGCUUGGUUACAUACGGGAAACCUUAUAAGUGAAGCCCCCGUCUCCGCAGGCAGGUCCCAGCAGGCUUUUGACAGAUGUUUCCACGUGCUAUGCUGAGCAGGGGCAUCAGCACUCAGUACCUCAGCAAGAAUGUGACUCUUUAUGUGAAUGAGCUGGCCCCUGCGGCGUCCCCCAGAGAAGCCCCGGGCCCUGUGGAGGAGCAGCCCCGGCCCCUGCUGCUCAUGCUUCCCUGGCUGGGCUCCAGGCCUCACUCUGUGGCCAGGUAUUGCGACAUCUACUUUCGCACGGGCCUGGAUGUGCUUGUGGUCACCAGUGAGGUAGCUCACUUCCUGUGGCCGCGUUUGGGGCUGGACCACAGCCGGAAGAUCCUGGACCUUUUACAGAAUGAUCAGUUCAUAUCACGUCCCCUGCUGGUGCAUGCCUUCUCUAUCGGAGCAUACACGUUUGCCCAGCUAUUGGUGCACAUAUCCAGGGACAUACAGCAGUAUGAGAGCCUGACCCGUAGAAUCAAAGGCCAGGUGUAUGACAGUGUGGUGGCCGGCUCCCUGGACCACAUGGCCACAGGAUUGGGUAGGACGUUGUUCCCACGUAUGGAGUCUGUGAUCAAACAGGCCAGCCUGGCGUACUUCAGCUUGUUCAAGCGUCAGACGGUGGACUACUUUGACAAAGGCAUAGACGUAUUCUGGAACACUCCGGUCAAAGCCCCUGCUCUGUUCUUCUACUGUAAGAAUGACAUAAUGAGCAACUGGGAGACGAUAGACCGCAUUGUGGACUACUGGACAAAGGCAGGCAUCACUGUUACCGGGAAGAGAUGGGAGGAGUCUACACAUGCCGGGCACCUCAAGAGACAUCCAGAGGAAUAUCUCAGCACGAUCAACUCUUUUCUACACUCUGUAGGUGUGGGGCAUUUACAGUCCAAACUUUAGCAAUGUCACAAAUGUAAUAUGGCAAAAUUAGGCUUGGGUAAUUUGUGUUUUAAUAAUCGGCAAUGAAUUGACUGAGAUAGAUUAACAGUUAACAAUCUACAGGCUACAUCUGGAUUCAAUUGAAAAAGAAAAUAAAUAAAAAAAAUUGGUGAAGUACUUAUUCUAAUAAAAGCAAUAUUUGAUUUUACAUAUUUGAUCUUACAUAAAGGUAAAUGUAGGCAAUACUCCGUACAAAUAAAUGGUACGAUAUGAAUGCUAUAAACAUGUAGUAUUAGCUUCUCUCCUGUUUGAAAAAGCAGCACUCACUGCUGUAAAAAAUCAUCCAAAAUGUGCAAUAAUUCUAUAUUUAGUUUUUGGCCAAAUUGCACGGCACUAGUCCCAAUGUAGUUUGACUGCCACAGUUUGUCAGACCCCAAACAUUUAAAUUAGCCAUUGAUGUAAAUUAUGAAACAUUUAUUGCACUUACAUCCCAAAGUAGCCUGAAAAAUGUGAAAUGUCUCCUUUAGAACUGACAGUGGUUCAGUUGUGCAGUAGUCCUAGUUCAGAGGUGAAGGAACCUAAGAUUAGGAUAAUGCCUUUAUGUUUUGACAGUAAACAUUGCAAAAACUGGACUUUCUUCUGUCUUCUAGAAAUUUGACAAAGUUGUACUAGUUUGCACUGUACAUUUGUCAAACACUGUAGUAAUAAGUUAACCAUUUGUUGUAUGCCACUAAUACAUGUAGGUCAUGUUAACUAAUUUUGGAAGGGCUUCUUUAAACAUUUUCUGGAUCUCUGCUACAGAAUAAUACAAUACUUAAACUGUCCAAGCUUGAUAAAUGUUUGUAAAAUAUCAGGUUCCCUUUUUAUAGUAAUUCUUACAAAUUGUGGGUAAUACAUUUGAACCUUAGUCCAUUAAUUAGCUGAAGUGCUUAAAAAUCACACAGAGUGCCUUAAUAAUUUGCCAUGUUAACAUUUGAACUUUAUAAAUUCUCCAGGACCAGGGCACAUCAGCAUAGGUCCUUGAUAUUUGGUAAAGUUGGUACAGUGUUUACCACACUGAAAAUGUCUUUAUUUUUCCAUAUUGUGCUAAAUUGUAAACAUGGAAGUACAUUGUGAAAUAAUAAUAAUAAUAAUAAAAAAACAAAACAAAAAAAACACACACAUAUACAGUGUAUA